GAUUUUAUGUUUCUUAUCAGUUCUUCUCUGGGCAGGUGGUGAAGUAUCUGUAUUUUAUUUCUGCAAAGGAGGUAAAAUAGAGACGCAUCUGAUCUCCUCUCUCUAGUUAUUUCGGCCACCGAGCCAAAAGUGGGGUUUCUCUUUUUCUGGUUUUAAUCAGAAGAACGGACUCUCUCCUCCACUUACCCUUUCCUUUGUCCCUUCAUCGCUCUGUCUGUUCUAAAAAAAAUUGUGGCUGAGAGCGAGGACAUACAGCUCCCCUCUCUUCUUCUUCUUCUUCCUCCUCCUCAUCCCCCCCUCCUCCUCCCCGCGGUUUGGAGGAGAAACCAAAAGAAGCGUCUCAAGGCUCCGCGCUUUCCCUUUCUCUCGCUGCUCUAUAGCGCUGCAAGAAGGAUUUCCAAAAGUCGUUUCAAGUGGACUUUUUCGGUGUGAUUCUGGCAGUGAAGUACAGUCCAGGAUCGCAUCCAGUGAGGAGAAGCAGGGGUGAAGCAUUCUGACCAGUGAGGAACUUGUAUCUGGAUAGAGAGGGGGAGAGAAAAGUAAAGAGGAACAGACAAAAAAAGAGAAGACAAGAGGAGAGGAAUGGAGAACACGCGCGGUCUCUUAUUUCCAAAAACGCCUUUUCGGGUGGAUUAGGAGAAAAAGAGCAGAAAAGAAGAGAGACCUUGCCUUGCAUCCUCACAUUUUCUAUCAUUACCUGCUUGUCUGGACAUGGACUGAUUGCCUUUAUUGAUCAGCCGAUUGACUGUUUGAUUGAGUGUCGGACAUUAUCACCCGGCAAACUUGGACUUGUGUGGGAUUUAAAAAGGAGAGUGAACCCUGCACUGCAGCUUUCCUGUUUUGGCACAAGACAAUUCUCCCCCAACAACACCUCUGGAUUGAUUAAUUGAUUUAUCAAUAUAUUGACGACUCCAGUCUGCAAAGUGGAACCCCAGUGACUGAUUAUCUCGUCAUUAAGGCUGAGUUUCCUGCACACCCCACCCCACCCCCCACACACCCAGCCUAACCUAUAAAACAAAGCAUCCUGCUGUAAAACUUAAAUAAAGCUUAGCAAGUGUUUAAAUCCCUUUAGGAAUGUAACGUCAAUGUUAAAUGCAUCACAAAAGAGUCGCAUACAGCCUGAGUACCACCGCUACAUUAAAGCCCCUGUAAGACUAUCACAGGGUACCACAAGGGCAGAAAGUACUACAAAGUACUAUGACUAUAAACUCAUAACUGACUCAACAACCCCGCUGUAUGAAGAUUGUAAGAAUUUAAUAGGGAUUAUUAUAGUGCAAGUGCUUCGCGGGAUUCCAGUUUGGAGAUUGGAAGUUAUUUUUGGCUGCGCAAAGUAGAGCGACUCUUCCACACCAGUGCCCGGACAGAGACAGAGACAGACUGAACACAGAGGUCUACCUACUUGUCUCUGUCUUAACAUCCCGUCCCGGAAAGAAGGGACUGGGAUAGACAGAGGGCGGAGGAGAGAGAAAGACGGGGAGAGAAGGAGAGGAUGCGUAACGGCGGUUAAUUGGAGCAGACUUUAGCCCUCUAAUAUCUUGGAGAAGGAGGGAGAGAAGAGGAGAGGGAUUGUGUUCGGUUUGCAGCCAGAGAGGCUGCCUGUUAGAGGUUAUAGGUUUUUGGGCAGAGGGGAGAAGAAGAAACGACCUCCCUCAUCAUUUUGUUUAUCCGUCUAUCGCCCCGUCAGUUUUGGGGGGGAGGAGAAAUUUGGCUGCACCGGCCAGGCGGCUUGUGACAGAGGACAGAGCCAGAGGUGGGAUUAUUUCAGCUAAUUUUAUUUUCUAACAUUUUCGUCCGGUCAAGAUUCCGCCAUCAGUGCCGCUUGGAUUCAGGAUUAGUUUCUCCAAAAAUCAGGUGCCAGUGGAGAGUAGAGAGAUGACUUUAUCCUUCCUCUCCCUCCUCCUCCUUCUCCUCGCCUCAGGAGCCUGUGACGACGUCAAGUACAUCUCCAAAAGGAACUCAGUGGAUGGAUGUAUAGACUGGUCAGUGGACCUGAAGGAGUACCAUGUUCUGGCAGGCGAACCUGUUCGGGUCAAAUGUGCCUUGUUCUACAGCUACAUCAGAACCAACUACACCAUGGCCACCAAUGCCAAACUGCGCCUCAUCUGGUACAAGAACAAAGGAGAUGCAGAGGAGCCCAUCAUUUUCUCAGGCCACAGGCUGAGUAAAGAAGAUGACUCCAUCUGGUUCAGGUCGGCUGAAAUAGAAGACAAUGGAUUCUACACCUGUGUACUGAGGAACUCAACAUACUGCAUGAAAGUGUCCAUGUCGAUGACGGUGGAGGAGAGUGAUGAGGGGAAAUGCUUCAGCAGCAAAAUCCGCCAUCUGGAGAAAGCUGAGAUAACUCACAGCAAGAUGAUCACCUGUCCUGAUAUAGAAGACUAUAUGGCUCCAUACAAACAGCCACAGAUGACCUGGUAUAAGGAGUGUGAGCGGGUUGAAUGGAGAAGCUCCGUCAGUGUGAACACCACACAUAUCUGGAUACCCGAGGUGGAGGAGGGUGACGGGGGAAAUUACACCUGUGAGUUACAGUAUGGAACUAGACUGGUGCGGCGGACAACACAACUCAAAGUGACAGCUCUCCAAACCACUCAGCCUCCCAAGGUCCUUUUCCCCCCCGAGAGGCAAGAUACAGUGAUAGAAAUCACGCCUGGAAUGCCUCUCAGUUUGGACUGCAAGGCCUUUUUUGGCUACAGUGGAGAAAACAGAAGGCCUAUCAUCUACUGGAUGAAAGGGGAGAAGUUUGUUGAAGAACUAGCAGGACACAUUAAAGAAAGUGAAGUCAGGAUCUUGAGGGAGCAUUUAGGGGAGAAGGAGGUGCAGCUAUCCUUAACAUUUGAUGCUGUGGAGGAGGCAGACCUGGCCAACUACACCUGUUAUGUGGAGAACCAUAUAGGGAGGCGCAGUGGGAGUGCUAUACUGCAGAAGAAAGAUAUGUAUCGCCUGGAGCUGGCUGGUGGUCUCGGGGUCAUAUUGCUGCUGCUGGGAGUCCUGACAGCACUUUAUAAGUGUUACAACCUGGAGAUCAUGCUCUGCUACAGGAGACACUUUGGAAGUGAUGAAACUGAAGAUGAUAAUAAGGAGUAUGACGCCUACCUGUCCUAUACUAAAGUGGACCUGGACUCUCUGGGCAGGACGAGCAGCGAUGAGGAAACGUUUGCUUUGGAGAUCCUGCCUGAUGUUUUGGAGAAACAUUAUGGAUACAAGCUGUUUAUACCUGAUAGAGAUCUAAUACCCAGCAGUACCUAUAUUGAAGACUUGGCUCGCAGUGUGGAGCAGAGCAGACGUCUCAUCAUCGUUUUGACCCCAGAGUUUGUUGCCAAGAGGGGGUGGAGUAUUUUCCAGAUAGAGACACGCCUCCACUCUAUGCUGGUUACCGGGGAGAUCAAGGUGAUCAUGAUAGAGUGUGCCGACUUGAAGAAUGUCAUCAACUACCAAGAGGUUGAAGCACUUAAACACACGAUCAAGGUUUUAUCCAUCAUCAAGUGGAGGGGUCCUAAAAGCAAUGAGCUGUCCUCUAAGUUUUGGAAACAGGUGGUCUACGAGAUGCCUGCUAAACGCAGAGAGAUGUUGUCCAGACGCCAGGUGAUGGACUCCGGUGAACAGGGCCUCUUUGGUGACCUACAGACCACAGUCUCCACCAUUGCCAUGACAACCACCUCUGCCUCUCUGGCACCUCCUAAUGACAGUCGCCAUGGACAUCAUCAGGUUGCCCUGGCGACGGAGAUCCCGGACUACAACCAGAUGACCUUGCCACUAGGAGGGGGUCACACGGCUACAGCAGCCCAAAUGAGGCAUUUCUGCCGCAGCUAUGAGUUCCAGCUUCCCCCACAGCCUUCCUCCCUGUCACCUCCUCUCCCACCUCCUUCCACCGUGCAGUUCUCCACCCUGGGCCCCGGGGGGCGCCACGUCUAUUGCAACAUCCCCAUGACACUUCUGAAUGGACAGGUAACUCAGAGCAGUACGCUUGGGAAGAAGCCAGAACUCCACCUGAACAGCACCUUCGUACCUCUCACCAGCAGAGAACUAAGCUCUGACAUCUGGUAGAUGUGUUCCACUGGUACUGGAUACAGACCGGUUUACAGACAUUUUUUUCACUGGCUUUGGACAUGGGGUAGACUGGUUGGUCGACUGGUUUUCAGUGGGUUUUAGGACUGUGUACAGACUUGGUGUCCGGAGAGACUGGUUGUGGACUGUUUGCAGACUUGUUUUAGGCCAUUUCAUCCCACGCUGUGAACAAAAGACUUCUUAAAGACUGCGUAAAGCUAAGAUUCACAGUGGUUGGGUGUAAUUGCUGCAGUUUUCUUGCAAACAUGGAUUCAUAUAAUCUUUGGACUUACAAACUGGUUACAGACUGAUAUAUACUGAUAUGUAAGAUGUGUAGACCAUUUUAAAGGAAUGCUAUCAUACAACACAACUGGUCAAAUUAAUUUGACUGGUGCAGAUAUAAUAAACUGGAAAAGUCAAUGAUAAGGUCCAGGAUUACUAGGUAUCCACAGACAAUAGAACAACCUACCACGUUGGACCUCGGAGCACAAAAAACCCAAGUAAUCUUAUAAUCACAGUCUACUCACACACCAGCUGUGAAAACCAGUUGAUUUGCUUAACUACUUGGAAAUAUCGGUCUACUGACAAACAAAACGUAGCGUGAAUGCCAGUCAAUCUUCUACCUAGCUAGAGUUCUCUGAAUAUCAAUCUACCUGUUGACUAGGUGGCUUGCCAGUAUACAAGGCAGAUUUCAAGCAAUGAUUUUGGCAUACCAGUCCACCUUAAAACAAGAAGUCAAACUCUAAAAAUUCAGCCCGUAGCUGGCUAGCUAGCUACCUAGCUUCCUGGUUUGGCUCUAAUAAGCUGAAAUGGUUAACUUCCUGAAAUGGCUGACCAGCAAGAACAACAAAAUAAGAGGUGAUGCAUAAAGCAAUGGCUAAAACUUAUUUAACUGAGAAAGCAUGGUUAGCUGGAGUCAGUAGGAGCUAGCUAGUUGUAUAAACUAGUUGACUAAAAGACUAGUUACUUCUUGAGCUAGGAGGAAGAAAACCAGCCAGCUCAUCACCUUAAAACCCAGUCAACAGCAACAAGUCGAUUUGUCAAAAGUCGAACUGGCUAAGAGGUGAACUACCAACUUUUACCCCUGAACUAAAAGCAUAAAGGACUUGGCUUUUUCUAUUUGCAUGACCACCCAUUUAGGUAAAAAAAAUAAUAAUUAAAUAAACAUAGAUAAAAGAGUAAAUGACACAGUCAUUUGUUGCAGCCUCUUGUAAUAAGGAGGAGAAUAAAUGUCUUAUGUUGAUACAGUAUAUUUGUUUUCUGUCCAGCCAUGAAGUAAUGAUAAGAACUGAUAAAGGGAAAAAAGAAACAUUUUUGUUAUUUAUUUUGUUUUGUUUCAUUUAAAUGUUGUAUCCUUUUAGAAUGUUGGUGACAGUUUUUACCAGGCUUUGUUUUUAGUAUUUGUUUGUUAUAAUACUCUCUGUACAGCUUCCAUAACUUAUGCAUAGACCUAUACAUGACAGUGAUUUGUUCCCUACAUUUUCUGUUAACACCCACGUUAUGUGUGUGUGACCCAGAGCCUCUUUUGCUUUCCUUCUUUUUAUCUUUUUGUCAGUGGAUGGAUGGAUGGAUGGAUGGAUGGAUGGACGGAUGGAUGCUUUUUCAUGGCAGUACAGCACUGCUAACGAACUGAUGUUUUAAACCCAUCACUCUGGAAUUGAGACCACUACCAGUCAGCCAAAGGGGGCCUCACUGCAUAAAAAAGCCAGACUCCAAGCUGAAACAGACCACAUUCUUCUUUGUGAGCUUUAAAAAAAAAACAAGAUUAUUACCAUGAUAUUUAAGCAAAGUGAAUAAUGUUUUGAAUUUACACAAAGGUACUGUCAUUGUCUUAUUAGAACCAAUGAAUUCUGGAUAUUUGAGAUUGUUUGAUACAAUAAUUAAUUAUUUGAGUUGUUAUAUUCGAUGGCAAUAUACAGUAUAGUGGUUGUCUUUUGAUUUCUGCUCAUUUCUUUGACUAUUCUUUGGAUAUAUUGGUUGAAAUAAUUUAACUGAGAGCAAAUAAAAAGUAUAUGAGUUGUUUUA